AUGACUUCUUUCACAGUGGAAGCGACCGACGCUGCAUGGAAGAACAUCCAGAAAAUCGCCGACGAGUACACCCUGGGCAAGAACCAACGAGGCAAGGGACGCUUCACCGGCAAGGACAUUGAGCUUCAAUUGGACGGCUCCAUCAAGAUCAACCAGGAGUUUUACAUCAAGGACCGCGUCCACGACAUCCCCCUGCCGAAGAAACGGAAGCAACAAAGGUUCUCCAAGUACACUCCCACCGAGCUGGAACAACUUCGCAGCUCUUUGGGCCUGCUCUCCUGGCUAUCCAAGGAAACCAGGUGCGACCUAGCAGGCCGAGUUGCUCUACUUCAACAAGCUUUCCCUGAACCAAAAGUCAUGGACCUCACCGAAGCCAACAAGAUCUCCCACGAGGCAAGGAAGCACGCUCACAUUGGCAUCAAGGUGAUGCCAAUCCCGCUCCACAACCUCAGGGUAUCGCUCGUGACAGAUGCAGCCUGGGGUAACACCAAAGAUCGUGCAUGGAUUGAAGACAGUCCCGAAGACUAUUGGGAAGAGCAGUCCAACUACUGGGUUCGACAUCACGUCAAACCAAGAAGAACGACCUUCCAUCCUGGAGCUGCUCAAGGAGGACCUGACCUACAUGCGAUCAUGACGAAGAGGACUACUCAAAAGUUUGACCUGGACAAGGACAAGCUGGCAGAGAACGUCAUCGAGGAUGACUGGACAGACAACCACGGCGUUCGAGUGCUUCAAGACGCUCCUUGGACCGGCGCCACCAAGUUCGCGAAGAAUCCGGACAACAAGCUCGACGCAAAGAAGGUUCACACUAGCGGCCAGAUCGUGAUCUACCACGACAAGUCUCUUUCCGAGAACGAACUGCCAGCGUCAACCACGGUGGCAGCGUGGAAGAGUUACCGUCUUAAAAGAAAGACGGUUGACGCGCUGGCUGCUGAAGGGCAGUCGCUGCAAGCAGGCAUCGGCUCAGUUCAUUGGCAUCGGCUACUUUUCACGGAGGCCUUCUACGGCGUGCUGAACCCAGCAGAGUGGAGAGGAAUAGCAGGGCGUUUACCUUUUCUUGCUGCCGUAGAUCCCAAGUCUUUGUAUGAUGCCGUCAAUAAGUGUGCUUGUACAGCUUCCUACGUUAGUGACAAGAGGACAGCUGCAGAUCUUUCCGUCAUUAAAGCAGACCUGGCAGAGACUGGCGGAAAUAUCCGCUGGAUAGAUACAAGAGCCAUGAUUCAGGCCAUGAUUGCAGAUCCGCUCACCAAACAGCAUCCCG